AGGCGCAGACGCGCCGUGACGUCGUUUCCCAGCCGCUAAUUGUGACGCCGAAGCUGCGCGUUGACGUCACGGUUGACGUUCGCUCCAGCGGCUAAGCUAACAAGCUAACGGCUAGUCAGGUGUUGUUCCUGCUCUGCUCGGCGGGGCUCCGCCUCACUGUCUCCGCCUCAGCGUCUCCCUCCCCGGCGGCUCACUCGCCGACACACGGACUCUCGGCUCGGACCUCCCCGCUCCACCGCUCUCUCCCUCCGGGAUGUCUUUCCUGGAGCAGCCGGCCCCCGGCAGCCCGCUGCUGGACGACACGGUCCCGCUGACGGCGCUGAUCGAAGCCAGCCAGAACCUGCAGUCCCACACGGAGUACAUCAUCAGAGUCCAGAGGGGCGUGUCUUCAGAGAACAGCUGGCAGGUGAUUCGUCGUUACAGUGACUUCGAUGUUCUCAACAGCAGCCUGAUGGUCUGUGGCAUCACUCUCCCGCUUCCUCCCAAGAAGCUGAUUGGAAACAUGGACAGAGAGUUCAUAGCAGAGAGGCAGCGAGGCCUGCAGGCCUUCCUGGACUCCAUUACCCAGCAUCCUCUGCUCUCCAGCUCCCUCACCGUCAAGAAGUUCCUCGACCCCAACAACUACUCUGCCAACUACACAGAGAUCGCCCUGCAGCAGGUCUCCAUGUUCUUCAGGUCCGACCUGAAGUGGGAGGUCCUGGAGCCGCUCAGAGACAUGGGCUGGAGAAUCAGGAAGAAAUACUUCUUAAUCAAAAACAAAGAGCAGCCCAAAGAGAGAUAUGUGCUGAGCUGGGUGGACCUGGGUCCUGAUAAGUUCCUGUCUGAUAAAGACCUUCAGUCGGCCAUGAAGCUGCUCACUGGACUCUCUACCCCCUACCUGAGUCCUCUGGUGUUCUCCAGCACCAGCGAGUCUUCAGCUCUGCUCAUCAGACCGUUCAGUGAGAGGGGCUCUCUGAGGGACCACAUCUGUAAGGCGAAGCCCCGAGAGAUUUACCUGAAGAAGUACUGUAACCCAAAGAAGAGUCAGGGACUAGAACUACACACCAUCAGACUGUACGGGAGGCAGAUACUGGAGGGUCUGAAGCUCCUCCAUGAUGGAGGGAUGUUUUUCGGUCAUCUUCACGCCUCAAACGUCCUGGUGGACGACGGCGUGUGUCGACUGAUGGACGUAGAGAACGGCAUGCUGGGAGUUCCCUCGGCGCUGCGCCCCGCCUUCACACAGCUCAGGAAGAUCAACACCUCAGAGAGCAUCGACGUCUUCUGCUUCGGUCAUUUACUCUACGAGAUGACGUACGGUCGACCUCCAGACAGCGUCCCCGUAGACCAGUACCCCGCCGUCCCCUACAGCACCGUGGUAUCAGUUCUUCAGUCCAUCUUGUCUCCAGAAGCCUGUAAAAGUGGGAUGCCAACAGUGUCGCAGCUCAUCCAGACACCGUUGUUCAGUGACGUCCAGCUCCCUCACUCAGAGAAACUCCAGAUCAAGGUUCCCAGCCGGCUAAAAGAGGCUCUGAAGACGGCCCGGGAGAGUCUGGAGAGACGCCUGCAGGAGGAGCAGAGAGUGCUGCACCAGCACAGGAGGCUGACCAGAGCUCAGUCCCACCACGGCUCAGAGGAGGAGAGGAAGAGGAGGAAGAUCCUGGCCAGGAAGAAGUCCAGACAGUCGGCUUAUGAAAAUGAAGAAGACGUCUCUGUGAGAAACAACAAUAACUCUGGUUCUGGAGCCAGUUCCCCCCCAACAUGCCCCUCCUCCCCCACACCCCCCUCCACCACAGGAGCCAUGACUGCUCCUCCUCCUCCACCUCCUCCACCUCCUCCUCCUGCGCUGGACUCCUCCUCCUGUCCUCCUCCUCCUCUGUCCUCCUCUGACGGAGCAGGAGGAGGUCGCAGCGCCCUGCUGAGCUCCAUCCAGUCCUUCAGUAAAGGCAAACUGAAGAAGGCCGAGACCGUCGAUCACAGCAAACCCAUCAUCUGACCCCGCCCUCCUCCUCCUCCUCCUCCUCCUCCUCCUCCUCCUCCUCCUCCUCCUCCUCCUCCUCCUCCUCCUGAGACCGCCCCGUUGGUUCUGCACUGUGGUCUGGAAAAGGAAUCACUAACUAAAAAUCCAAGUACCGUUUUUAUUUUUUAUCGCCAUUUCCUGCUUUUUUUUCUGCUUUUAGAGUUUUUUUUUAAAUCUGUUGCUGUGGUUGGAGUGGAGAGGAGGAAGGAGGCUGAACUCUGGACGAAGGUUUGAGCUCUGCGACUGUUUUAAAGCUCCAGACUCCAGAGGAGAAGUCAGAACUCAGGGAGUCUGGGGAGCUUUCUGCUGCACACUGGCUUCUGUUUUUGCUUGUUAAAGUGGCGCUUGAACGUUGGGAAUUUUCAGUUUUUGGAGCCUCUGUGGACGCUUCAUCCAGCGGGAUGAGGAGGUGGAACUUCCUGGAUCCAGAACUUGUAACUUUAUCGCUCUGACGCGUCCGUCACGGAGCUCCAAAAACUCCUCUAAACUCCUUAAAGCUUCUCUUCUCCUGUUUGAAAUCAUCUCAUGACUCGUCGCCUCCAGUUGGACGUUUCAUCGCAGCGACUCCACACAAUCAGGAGCUGCACGGUAAAAACUCAUCCAGUCAUCAAGUCAUUUCUGUCUUCAAUUAUCUUCCCAGAAAUUUACUUUUAUUAAAACAAGUGGAAAAAAACCUUCCAGUGCAGAAUAUUUUAAUAGAAAUCUCUGGUUUGGAAUUUUCUACAAAUGUGUCUGCAUCUUAAAACAAGAAAAACAUCUCAGAACUUAUUUAAAUAUAAACCUAUUUCCAUUGCAAAUCAACUUGUACUUACUUGCAUGUAUAUUUCCACUUCUUUUUUAUAGAAAAUGCUCAAAUUACAGACAGAAAUGACUUGAGAGUAAAGAGGGAGAGAGAAGGAUGUGUGCUGGUUUAUUGUUUGUGAACCAGAGAGAGAAGAUUAACUUGAUUUUGCUGCAUUUUGUGCAACUAGUGCAUCAUUUAAAACCACCACAUGGAUCCUCUGAGGAGUUAAAAAGAAAUCUGUUUUGUUGUGUUCAGCUCUGAAAGCUCCUGAUUGGUCGGCUGUUGAUUCAUUCACACCAAAACCUGCAAGAACCAAGACUUUGCACAAGUUCAAGAGCAGCAAAGGUGUUGAGUCUAAAACCAGAUCAAACAGUAAAUCUGAGGGAAAUGAUCUUGCUGCAUGGACAGAUAAUUUACCUUGACAAGAUUUAUUACAUUAAGAUUAUUAAAUCUAGAAAUAAGCAUGUUGAACACUUAAAAUAAGAAAUUAACUCUUAAAACCAGAUAAAGUAAAGCUGCCAGCAGUGAUGAACUGGCCCGAGCAGAGUGACCUGAUGAUUAUUAGGUUCUUACCAAGAUAAAAAAAACUUGAAAAAAGAAAAGAAAAAAAAGUGUGAUUUGAUCUUGUUUAUCUAGACAUUUUCCAUGGUUUUAUUCAUAAUGAUUUGGGUUAUUAUCAAGAAUGUUUCCAUGACUGUCGAUGUAAAAAUGACUAAAAUAAGACACAAAUAGACCAAAAAAGACACAAAAUGAUCAAAAAAGACACAAAAUUAUCAAAAAUAGAUGUAAAAAUGACCACUAAAAAGACACAAAUUGACAAAAAAAAGACACAAAAGUAUCAAAAAGACACAAAUUGACCCCAAAAAAAGACACGAAAUGACAAAAAAAGACACAAACUGACCAAAAAUAGUUGUAAAAAUGACCACUAAUAAGACAAAAUAAUAAAUGAACUCUUAAACCAGAUACAUUAAAGCUGCCAGCAGUGAUGAACUGGCCCGAGCAGAGUGACCUGAUGAUUAUUUGGUUCUUACCAAGAUAAAAAUAACUUUAGAUUUAGAAGUGUUAGAUAACUUAUCUUGUUUUAAGAGUUAAUUUCUUAUUUUAAGUGUUCAACAUGCUUAUUUCUAGAUUUAAUAAUCUUAAUUUAAUAAAUCUUAUCAAGGUAAAUUAUCUGUCCAUGCAGCAAGAUCAUUUCCCUCAGAUUUACUGUUUGAUCUGGUUUUUAAACACUUUUUGCAGUGAACAGAGCAGCUAACCACAAAUACAAUAUGAUUAUUGUUGCUGGAAAUGCUAAAAAUGUAUUUUAAAAAGGUAUAUCUCAACACGGUUCAGUGCAAUGGAAACAGAUUCAGUCCUGGCAGACAUGAAGACAGAACCAUCAUCUGUCAGGAGAGACUUCCUCACAUUAAUGCAUGAAAAAAACAUACAUUUAUAUAUAUUUUCCUCAAGUUUAGUUUCUACUGUCGCUCCGCUCAUUACGUCGUUAAUCUCAGUUGUUUUCUGGCUCACCAGCAGUUCAUCUUCAUCAUAAUAAUCAUAAUAUUCGGGGGGUUUGUUUGCUGAUAAACUGGAAAUUUAGUAAAAAUUUGCAUUACAUAUUUGGAUGGAAACUAAACUAAGUGCACAAUCACACGUGUGCAAACUUAACAUUGGCAAAUAUUCCAUUGACUUCCAUUCUGUGUGAGUGAAGAGUGAAAUAUGUGCCACCAGAAACUGAAUCAUUGAAUUAUUUAUAUUUGAAUUGUUUAACUUGAAUCAUUACAUUGAAAAACUGAAUUUGAAUCACAUAAUUUGAAUUUGUAUUGUUCAAUUUGAAUCAUUGCAUUGAAAAACUGAAUCUGAAUUGUAAUUUGAAAUUUAAUUUAGUUCUCACAAUUCAAGUUCAGUUCGCAAAAUUCAAUUUCAAUUUUCUGCGACAAAGAUAUACAGAGCGCCUCUUCGGCCAAUCAGAACCUCCGUUUUCUUUUGUGACAUUUGUUGCUACCCUGUUGCCAUAGCGCCACGAAACUGAGGAGGAAGUUAGACUGGCUUGACCACUGAUUGGCCGAAGAGGCGCCAUGGCAACCGGGUGGCAAC